CUUAUAACCCCUAGAGCGAUCUGAAAACGGGAGAGGUCCUCCAGAACCCCCCGACCACCGCUUCGCCGACCGACGCCUCCGCUACCGCUAGCCAGCCCCGACCACCGCCCGCAGCGACACCAUGGUAACCGACGCGGCCGCGAUGGCGGUCGUCAAGGCCGCGCGCCCCGCCUUCCGCGGCGCCCACGACGGCGUCGCGUUCGCGGCCAACGCCGCCUUCCUCGCCGCCGGGUACUCCCUCUGCGCCGUCGGGCCCGCCGCGCUCACCGACCCCCCACCCACUGUCGAUGAGGAGGUGGGGAUUGAUGGGUGGAACAGUAUGGAAAACUGCUAUGCCUUUCUGUACUCCAAGGAGGAGGAGGGCAAGAAGAAGCGCAUUUUAAUGAAAUGUCUAGUCAUUGGUGACUUUCUUGCUAUGGAUGUGCUGGAUCUUGAAGUACAGCACAAGGAGCCCUUCAAUGUUCAGAUCAAUGUAAAGGAUUUCUUCUCUGAAGAACAGACCAAGAAUUAUAAGGAUAUGUACAAGAAUUUCACGGGCUUCAUUGAUACCCUUAACUCGAGCUUAUUGGUUAAAUUGGAUGGCAAAGACUCAGUUGCUUCCCAGAAGCCAGAUGUUGAGAGCAGUUCAUCGAUGAACAGCUCGGAUAAUGUUCUGCGGGAAAAUCCUACAAGAGUGACUACUGAACCUGCUGGAUUGAUUUAUCCCCCCGUAGCUCCAUUUGGUCAUGAUGACCUCUUCCCUGCUCCUGGUGCAGGCUUCUACCCUCACAGUGGUGGGAGGGGUGGUGGUGGUAUGCACGUUGGUCCAAAUGACCCGCGUUUCUUUCCCUCCAUUCCUUUUGCUGCCCCACCUGGUGGCCUUGGGAGUGUUCCACCUGGUGGCCGUUACGAUCCAAUUGGCCCGCCUGACGUUCCAGGAUUCGAACCAGGCCGCUUUGUGAGGCGUCCGAGGCAUCCAGGCGGGAGCACCCACCCAGACCUUCAGUUCUUCCAGCAAGAUCCGGAUUUCUGAGACUCGUGUUGAGAGGCCUGACACGGUGACGCCCACUCCCUUCGGAAUAAAGCUGCUUUGUUUACCGUGCCUAGGUAGAGCGAGCGACCUUGGUGAAAGUUAAAAACGAGCUGUUGUAUGGCAACUAGUGCCAACAAACUCUGCCUGUAAACAUGGAUAUGCAAACUUUCUGUUUCUGUGAUACACUAUUACCUGUAGUUCCAAACCGUGCUUAGUCACAGUCGAUUUGGCAACUGUAUAUAGAGCUAUCUUCGUAA